AUUCCAUUCAAGUUCAUCGCAAAUCCGUCCUUUAUACCGCAGCGUAAAGAUCCACCAUAUAUUUCACUAAUGCUGUCUGGUUAGGAAACGAGCACGCGUGUUAUAAAUAUGCUAACAACAACUUUGUAAUAAAAUUUAGACUGACAGUCGUAAUACAAUGAGUUUCAAAAACAAAGUUGUGAUCGUGACGGGUGCCAGUUCAGGCAUAGGAGCUGCUACAGCGGAGCUCUUCAGUCACAGAGGAGCUAAUGUAGUGUUAGUGGGCAGAAACCAAGUGAAAUUGAGAAACGUCGCUGAGAAGUGCGCCAGAGCGGGAAUUGCACCUCUAGUAGUGGCCGCAGACGUCGGCAAAGACAACGAUGCCGAACGGAUUGUCAAAGAUACCAUUGACAAGUACGGCAAACUGGAUAUCCUUAUCAACAAUGCGGGUAUAGUUGUAUCCGGAAGCAUACUCAAUGGGAAUUUAGUGCAAGCUUACGAUGAAACCAUGCAGGUGAAUAUGCGAGCUGUUGUAAAACUGACCAGCCUUACUGCACCUUAUUUAAUAGAAUCUAAAGGCUGCAUAGUAAAUAUAUCAAGUAUAGAAGGAAAGAAAUCAAAUAUGACAAAUUUCUUAUCUUACAUGGUGAGCAAAGCUGCUUUGGACCAUUUUACAAGAGGAGCAGCCUUGGAAUUGGCACCUAAAGGGGUCAGAGUUAAUUCAGUUAGUCCAGGACCUGUGAGAACUGAUAUUUUAGAGAAUUCUGGUAUGACAGUAAAAUGGGACGACAUCGGAAAGAUGGUAACGUUAUUAAACAGAAUAUCUGAACCAGAGGAAACUGCUGAAUUAAUUCUUUAUUUAGCCAGCGAGAAGGCUGUAGGUAUCACCGGAUCGGACUUCGUAACCGAUAACGGCACUCUCAUUGGAAGUAAGUCGUUUACGGAAAUAAAAUAGAAUUGUUUGAAACGAAAUAAAGCUGACAAGUGUGAUUCGGACUAGCAAAAAAAAAUCAAUACGCUUGUGUACUACCCACAUAUUAAAAUAUGAA